AUGCAGCAGGGGGAAAGCAGACCUCAAGACACCAGCAGCAGCAGCAGCACCAGCAGCAGCAGCAGCAGCCGUGAAUGGGGGAUCUACGGCGCUGCUGACACGAUCAGCAGCAACAUUGCUGCUGAUGCAGCUGAUUUGGGUGUCUCGUGUGCAGCGCAAGCAUUAAGCAGCAGCAACAGCAGCAGAAGCAGCAGCAGCAGCAGCGUGCUAGGACAAGUGCAUAUUGUGUGCAGGCGGCCGGCGCAUCAACAGCCUCUGCAGCAGCCUCUGCAGCAGCCUCUGCAGCAGCCUCUGCAGCAGCAGCAGCAGCAGCAGCAGAUCGCGAAGGCCUACAGCAAUGUACCUAACUGUAAAAAACUGAUAGAUCGAAUGUAUGCAUUUGCUGGGGGGAGAAGAGGGAGAGUAAGCAGCAGCACGAGUAACAGCAGCAGCAGCAGCAGCAGCAGUAGUAGCAGUAGCAGCAGCACCGCUGUAAGAGUUGACACCGUCUCUCGUCUGCUGCAGCGAGGGCAGCAUCUGCUUAGCACCAUCAUAGCAGACACAGUUGCUGUUGCUGUAUCUCCUCGUGCUGCUGCUGCUGCUGCUCCAGCUGCUGCUGCUGCAGCUUUGCAUCUCACUUCCAGUCGUUCUACAGUUCAUUCUGCUGCUGCUGCUGCUACUGCUGUUGCUGCUGCUGAUGAGGAUGCUGCUGUUGAUGAUGUUGAUAUUGCUGCCCUCCCUGAGGCCGCGCUGCUGCAGCAGCAGAGCAGCAGAAGCGGGGUUCGCCGCCGCAGUAGCAGCAGCAGCACGAAGUCAUCUGUACUGAACGAGGCAUCCUCGAGUCCUUUAGAUCCAGCAGCAGCAGCUGCUGCUGCUGCAGCUGCAGCAGUUGCUGCUGCUGCUGAUGCUGCAAAUGAUGAGAGUAGUGGGGAAUCAGACUGUGUGCUACUUGAGCUGUCCGUGCGGCAGCAGCAAGCCAGGCAGCAGCGACAGCAGCAGCAGCAGCAGCGCAUGCGGCAGCAGAUGCUGCGGGAGUCGUUGCCAUUUUUCUCAUGGAGUGCCCAUCAAAUGGUUGCUGCUGCUGCUGCUGCAACAGCAGCAGCUGCUGCUGCAUCUGCUGCUGCUCCUGGUACAGCAGCAGCAACUGCAACAGGCAUCCACAGCUGCUGCGGUGUCUCAGCUUGCAGCAUGGAUGCUGUUGCACAGCAGCAGUUGCUGCUGCAGCAUCGAGGCAUUGCCGCGCUGCAGCUGCAGCAGCAACAGAGAGCGCAGAACAACUGGGACAGGCGCUCUAGCGUUAGUUGCUGGAGGGCGGGUCCAGCUGCUGCUGUUGCUGCUGCAGGUGCAGCAGCAGCAGCUUGUGCGUCCUUGUCUGCUGCUGCAGACACUUCAGCACUAUCUGUAGGGAGAAGAAGCAGCAACUGCAGCAGGGUUGAGGCUGGCUCUCUCUAUGAGUCACGGUGGCAGCAGCAGCAGCAACAGCGCAUGCACAGGCAGCAGCAGCUGCUGCAGUAUAAGCAGCAUCUGCUGGAGCGGGAGGAAGAAGCAGACGCAAAGGAACAAGAGAAGCUGCAGCAGCUGCAGCAGCAACUCAGCAGCAGCAACUUUGGGGUCCCGCUGCUACUGCAUGCAGCAGCAAACACUGCUGCUGACCUCCUGCCCAACGUCAUCGCCUUCUGUGCAAGUCAAGGAUUAGACAGCAGCCAAAGUGCUGCAGAUCUACUGGCGCUGCUCGCGGCUGGCCUCAACGCCCCAGACUUUGGAAGGACAUGGCUAACAAAACCCCCCAAGCCGCCGCCACCAGAAGAACGACCAAUAGGUGCAGCAGCAGAUGCAGCAGACACAGAAGAUUGGCAACUAAUAGAAUUAGAGGAAGAUAUAUUAGAGGCAUAUGAAGCAUCAGACCCUACGGUAAUUGACUGGAGUGCUGCUGUAGCUAUCAGCAGCAGCAGCAGCAACAACAGCAGCAGCACCAGCAGCAGUAACAGCAGCAGCAGCAACAGCAGCGUUGCUAAUUUACCACGCGGCGAGUUGCAACAAACUUCAGCUUUGUAG